AAUGGGCCAAGUUAGAGAAGCGGCGGAGAGUGCAAAUCUUGUUUGGUCUGGGUCUAACUAAAGCGUGACUUUAACGGUAUACACAGGGUUAAAGGAGAAGUGGGGAAAAGCGAGCGUCCCAUUAGCUCCAGACGUCCUUGUUGCACGCAAAUAGUUAAAAUAAGGGUCUGAAGGGGGACAUUUGUUGUUCUUCAGUCCCGUCAAAAAGUAAGAACUUUUUUAACAGAUCUGUCAGCAUGUGUAUUUUUUGAACCCUCUUGAUUGCGUGGGCUGCGGUACAAGGCACAAAUAUUAGUCUAGGCUAUGAACAGACAGCAGCGUUAGCCUCUAAAGUUGAGUGGCUCUGUGCUGAUAAGCGCCGUGUCGACUAGAGUGGGCGAGUUGAGGCUUUGAAUGAAAGUUGCCAGUUCUCGCUCGGAGGAGUGAGCGCAGCAGCGGGAGCCGUCGCGGGGAUCCAAUGAGCCGUCAGCAAUGUCCGCGCCGCCGACGAUAUGGCUGGUACUAGCCGCGCGAGUCCGACGGGCCAGGAGGAGCGCGCGAGCGGCGCAGUGAGAGCGGACGUCGCCCGCGCGAGCGCUAGCUCUACCUCUAGCUCUAGCUCAAGCUCCAGUUCGGAGGGCGCUGCUGCGUGGUGGCACGCGCGUGAGCGUGCACCCACACCUUCAAGCCCGAGCGCCGCCGCCGCCGCCGCCGACAACAACAACAACAACAACAACAACAACAGCAGCAGCAGCAGCAGCGAGGGAGACGAGGACAUGCCCGCCGUGAAGAGGGAGCGCGCGGACGGCGACGACAUGGCGCUGACCGCCUACCACCGGCAGCCCGGCUACGCGGCGCCUCUGAACGCCGCCGCGCUGCCCGUGGUCACCCCGCACCCGCCGCCGUACGAGCGCGUGCUGGCGCAGCAGCGCGCAUACUUGGGACUGCACGACGCCGCCGCCGCCGCCGCCGCUCAUGCCGCAGCCGCCGCGGCCGCCGCCGCCGCGCUCCACCGGCCGCACGCGGACGACCUCAUGCUCGAGAGGUUCUCGUCGGUGCCCGACUUCCAGCCGUUCUUCGACAGCGGCGAGCCGUGCAUCGAGGUGGAGUGCGGCGAGAACAAGGCGCUGCUCUACAUCAGCAAGCUGUGCCAGGGCAGCAAGGGACCCUCCAUCAAGUACAGGGGCGAGUGGCUCACCCCUAACGAGUUCCAGUUCGUCAGCGGCAGGGAGACCGCCAAGGACUGGAAGAGGAGCAUCAGGCACAAAGGGAAAAGUCUGAAGACACUUAUGUCCAAAGGAAUCUUACAGGUGCAUCCUCCAAUCUGUGACUGCCCUGGGUGUCGAAUUUCAUCUCCUGUGAACCGUGGGCGUUUGGCAGAGAAGCGCACCAUCCCGCUGCCUCCAACCCGCGUGCCCAAGAAGGAGCUGGCAUCCGUUUUCAGCAGCGACGACAGUGAGGGGAGUGAGAGGGUCAACGGAGACCAUGCUGACAUCAAGCAAGAGGAGGAGCUCCACUACACUAUGAUGAGAAAGAGUAGUCGUGACAGUGACCUCUCAACGAUCAUCUCCAACCUGCACCACACCCGACAGCACGGCAUGCCUGAGGGCCAGCCCUGCUCUGACAUCACCCUCGCCUCCUCACACUCAGAUGACAUUCUAGGCAAGAAGAGAGCGUACUCCCCCAACAGCAGCAGCGAGUGCCCAUCUGACAGCAAGAAGCCCCGCAGCGCCUCCCCCAAAGAGAACUCACACACCCCUGCGCUGGAGCCAGGCAUUCACAUGACCCCCGAGGAACACUACAGGCGCAUGAUGUCAGCGCUGAACGAGCACGGCUCUUAUGAAGAGCAGCAGCAGCGCCUCUAUCAGCUCGCCAGCAACAUGGGCGUCCCCAGCCAUGAACUGCUGCGUGUGCGUCAGGAGGCCAUGAGUGCUGUGAGGAACCAAGCAGCCAUGGAGGCCCACCUGCCGUCUGCAGGCAGCUCAUCCAGCCAGCGACGGAAACAAGGCCUACCCCAGCACAGGGAUGCUCACUUCACUGAGAGAGAGAUGUCCCACCCUCCUCCAUUGCUGUCACCUCAGAACGCUCCUCAUAUCACACUGGGCCCUCACCUGCGGCCGCCCUUCCUGGGCAUGCCCUCCGCACUCUGCCAAACACCAGCAUAUGGUUUCCUGCAGCCUGCUCAGGCCGAGAUGUUUGCGCGUCAGCAGGAGAUGCUUCGCAAACAGAACCUCGCCAGGUUGGAGAUGUCUGCUGAGCUGCUAAGGCAGAAGGAGCUGGAGAACCUGCACCGGCAGCGCCUACUGGCUGACCCGCUGGGCCUGCACCCCGGCCUGCCAGCUGAGCACCCAGCCCUGCGCAGCCUGCAGGACAUUCCCGAAGGGCACCCGCUGAGGGAUGAGAUCAACCGCCGCAACGCCAUGCUGGUCCUGCGCCACAACAACACACCGCUGCUGUCGCUCAACCACCAGGGGGCAGCAGCCAGCACCUCCUACAAAGAGUCCAGCAGCUGCAAGAGCUCGAGGAAAGGGGGUCCGCUGCAGGGGGAUCAAGGGGGUGGCCCGUCUGAGGCCAAGGAGGUGCCGGGAGAGGUGAGGGUGCGGGAUGGAGAGUCGGAGGGACAGGAUGAUGACAUGAAAGACUCGGAGAGCGACACGGAGACUGGAGAGGAGCGACCGGAGGGGACGGCUAAAGUUGACGGGCACAGCCUCAACUCUGAGACAUGUCAAGGCAAGGAUAGUGGCAAGCAUGGAGAGGGGCUCAAGGAAUUCGGGGAGGGGUCAGGCAGGCUCAGCGCUCCCUGUAGCUCUGCUGGGCCAGAUUCACCCAGCCACCAUCUCUUUGCACCAGGACUGAGCAAGAGCGAAGCCAAGUAUGUUCCACCAGGGGCACUGCCUCCUUUACCCACACUGCCAGGCCAGGCCCUGCCCUUCGGCUUCCCCUACACCAGCCCGUACUUCCACACUGGCGCCAUGGGAGGUCUGUUUGUGGACGGCGAGGAGGCGGCGGCUGCGGCGGCGGUAGCAGCGGAGGACAUUAGCAAGUGGAGUGUGGAGGAGGUGUGCAGCUUCAUCAGCAGCCUGGCAGGCUGUGGAGAGUACACCCAGGUGUUUCGAGAGCAGGCUAUUGAUGGCGAGACACUGCCGCUCCUGACCGAGGAGCACCUGCUCAAUAACAUGGGGCUGAAACUGGGCCCAGCUCUCAAGAUCCGCUCUCAGGUGGCUCGGCGCAUUGGCAGAAUAUUCUACAUGACCAGCUUCCCGCUGGCCCUCCCGCUGCCGCCAUCUGCUCUGCGCCCCCCGGACAGGGACCCCCUGCCCACGGAGACCCGGCCGCCCUCCUCCGGCAGCACCUCUUCCCCCUUCAGCGCGCCUCCGGCCUGCCGCGCCUCCCCCAAGCAGGAGAACGGAAAUCCCCCCUCAGCGGGGUCUUACGACUCCACUAAAGCUCUCUCGUAGAGACGGCCAUUAACAAAAAGAACGCUGACUGCUUCCCCGUAUGGUCUGGGGCAGCACUACAGGAAGGAGACGGAGAAGGAGAUGGUGGAUCGGAUGGGGAGGGGAGGGGGUCUCUUUGAACUAUUUUUUUCUUCCUCUCACCCCCCGCCAAAUACACAAAACAAGCAAACUUGAGGACAUUUAUUCUGGGGCACUUAUCAUUUUAUGGAAAACGUGGAGAGAACUGUACAGAUAAACGCUGAUGAAACAAUGCCUAAACAGCUCCACCCAGUGCAGUGGCUGCGAAUAAGCCAAAUCCAAAGAUGAGCAAACGGGCCGUGGGGAUGAGACAGGAAAGCGACAGCGUCUGUGCGAGGGAGAGAGCGAGCAGACGGCAGCACUUGGACCUCUCUGCCAGAGAGACAGAGAUGGCCACAAACACAGCAUUCUUUUGUGGCAGGGGGAGACAGACAGUGCAGGGAUGAACUCUCCAUGGUACCCGACCCUUUCAGAACGGAGAAAAAAAAAACAUUAAUUUUCCUGUUUUCUCUCCUCUCUUCCUCCAGCUUCCAGCCAUUUCCAAUCCUCUGGAGCUGGUUUUGGUUCAGAGAAACCGAAUCUCCUGGAGAGGAGUAAAUACAACCGCAGAAAGGAACUAAUUUGCUCUCUUCAUCAGUGCAACUAUGCAUUCCACAGUCCAAUACCAAAGAUGAACGGACGUGUGGAAUUUUAGCUGAUACCUAGCAUUGGUUCUUGUGCUGUUUUCCUCAGCUUACCUGUGAUGAAUGGGCAAAGUACAGAGGAGCAGAAGAGAGGUGGCCUCAGCCGGAGAGACAGAUGCAGAGCACUUAAUACUCUCACAACCAAAAGCCAUCAUCCAAAGCAACAGCCAGAAGACACAAAAAAAUUAAAUAAUAAUAAUAAUAAUAAUAAUAAUAAUAAUAAUAAUAAUAAACUUUGGGGUUUCCUGGUCCCUUUUGCUCUGUGAGGGUUCAGUGGUCGAGAGGUAUCUGAUCUCUAAACGGAGAAAAGUCACAUUUAUUACUUCGGGAGAACGUUAUGCUGAAUUGUACAAAACAACAUGCUUUAGAGGAGAAUAUAGUGAAGGUUACAUAAGUGGUACUUUUUGUUAAGUGUUGUUGCACGCAUUUUUUAUUGCUGAACAAAGUGUGACUGGCUGACUUGGUGGCACUUUUGUUCAAAUUUUUUUUUUUUUGUUUGCUAUGUAUUCCAGUUGAAAUAUUAAAGAGUCCCAAUUUCAAAUGCUACUUAAGCAUAUAAAUACGAGGGAUAAAAAAUAUUUAUAGGAAUUUUUGUUGUAGCUGGAUUGACAAAAUACAAUGUAUAAAUAAAUCAUCCUCUAAAUGGAUCCCAAAGAAUAAUACUUUUUUUCUUUGUCUUUGUUGCAGGGAAAUUAAAGGCACAAAGCUCUUUAUGCAAAUGUUUGACAUUGUUUUUCUUUUCUUUUUUUUUUUUUUUUUUUUUUUUUUUUACAUAAGCAUUGAAUUAAAAACCGGUCUCUAGAUUUUCCGUCAAUGUUUUGUCUUUAUCCUAUUUUUCUAUUCACCACUGGGUGAAAUAAAUCCUAUGGAAAACUUCCAGAUGCUUUUCCCUCUA